GUAAGCCAUAGGGAACGGUAAGUUGUGAUCGCAAUUUUAGUUUCUCUAAGGGGCUAAUUUUGGUGAUGGCAGUACCUACAAUGUACCCUGCGUUUUUAGCACUUUCUUCAUUCCUCCUAGUUAUCAUACCAGCAAAUUCACAAAUUUCCUAUGGGUCUCUUGGCCGAGGAUUGUUGAAUUCAGAUUACUUACAAACUGGGGGUCUCAUCUAUCCAAACACGGAUGGAUCAGGACCCCAAGCAGACAGUUUGGCUGCAGCAAUUUAUGGGAUAGCUGUUCCUCCCGGAUUUAAUCAGUUCUCAGCCUCAGAAAAUUAUUUUGGACAGAAUAGAGGAGAUGGAUUUUCCGAUAGUUACGGGGGUGUUGGUAUAAGCGAUGCAAUCAAGCCUUCUGAUUUACUACUUGGGACAGGAAUACAUACAGGUGGAAGCGGCCGAGGAGGAAGCCAUUCAACAUACAUCUCAGAUUUCUCAGCGUUCGGUGAUUUUGGAUCCCAUUCAAGCAGUGACCAAAAAUCGUCCUCUUCUAGUUUAGUAGAAAUCGACCCAAUUGCAGCACGUUUUGGAGUUGUUAUUCCGAACGUAGGUCAUGCUCCAUUUGACCCAUCGCUUAGUGGAUCUACGGAAUCUUUCGGCGGAGGCACUAGCACUGGGGUAGGUGAUGGAACCACGGAUCUAUUCAACACUAGCCCUGUGGAGACCAGUAUCAAAUUUGAUUUACCCACUCAAGCUACAUUGAGUGAUACUUCUUUAUUUUCCUCUCAGCCUAAUACAGACGUCAACAAUAUAUCACCUGUCUUCAGCAACCAAAAUGCGUUACCUAGAAUAGACGACUCUUUUUCGGGGGAUCCUACGAUAACGGGAAAUGUCAGUCCACCUGGCGUUGGGAAUGCAGGAAAGAAUCAAGCGGAUGUUAUCACGAAUGCUUACAAGUUUUCCGAUAAUCAAAUAAUUAAAUUGGAAGAAAUAAAAAAAAACUUUCAGCAUACCACUGCUGCCAAUGGGGCAUCUGGCAAGUUUUUAUCUAGCCUUUCAACUGCCCAUGCUAACACGCCAGAAACACUUUCUUUACAUCUAGGUCCGGAAGGGGUUACUAACGUUGAGCUGAUUUCCGUUAAAGACAAAAAUAGCCAACUCCAGACAACUGUUACCUCCAAAGAAAAGGAACUCAAACAGAAGACAUCAAACGAGGGGAACCUUCCUUAUGUCAAAUCUUCCUCGCCGUAUGUUUACCGUGGCGCCCAUCGCGAGCAACAGAAAGUGGAGCAGUCGAAAAAAGAUACCAUCGUUAUUGAUACGCCCGAAAACAUUCCGGCUGCCGAGUACCUAACAGCGCAAGAAAGCAACGGAGAGUCUGUUAGCGAUCGAACAAAAGAACCCACAGCAGAACACAGCAAUUCUUACAGCUUCCUUACAGCACCGGGGUAUCGCACACACCACAAGUAG